UAUCAAAUUGAUGAUGACGGUGAUAGUGAUGGUGAUAAUGAUGAUACUGUUGAUGAUGAUAGUGAUAAUGAUGAUGAUGAUAGUGAUAGAGAUGUUGAUGUUGCUGAUGAUGUUGAUGAUGAUCGUGAUGGUGAUGAUGAUGAUGAUGAUGAUGGUGAUGAUGAUGAUGAUGAUAGCGACGGUAAUGAUGAUUGAUAUUGAUGAUUAUACUGAUCACACACGAUAGUGCUGCAUGAGGUAGACUUUUCCUAGCUAAAGCUUUAACUGAAAUCUGAAAUGGUAUUCUUCUCACCUCAGAUAAACGGGAGACGAGUCAAUCGGACCAGUACUAGUGAUAGUAAAAGUAAAUUGACCAGCUCCUUGAUCUUCACUUCCUACUACUUGUGAUGGUACUUGAAACUCGUAUAGGGCACCUAAUAAUAACAAUGAUAAUAAUAAUAAUAAUAAUAAUUACAUAUUGAUAACUAUAUUCCGUUGCCAAAAAAUAGCGGUUGCCCAUAAGGACACCUACCUAAAAGACCUAACUAAAAUACUAGGUAACGUAUAUAGAAAUAAUUAAGUUAGAAUAUUUAUAAAACUAUGCAAUAAAUAAAACUCAUGGAAAAUACAAUAACGAAGCACGUGGAAAGGGAAAAAGAAAAUACAAAACAAAACAGAGAAUUGGUUAUCAAGUUACAACCCCAGCCGGGAAUUUCGACUUUGCAGCGACCUUGAAACCGCUUUGAUUGAGACGCCGAAAUUUUCAAGUACCCUAUUAUAACAUCUUUUCCAAAAAAUAAAAUGAAAAUGAACAGUUCCUCCUUUCGAAUCUAGUUCGGCUUAAAUUAAGAUCUCCCCGUUUAAAUAAUUGGGUCGGCCUUAAUCGAAUUAGGUUAGGCUCAUAAAAAAUUCCUACCCACCGAAGCAUUCAAAAUUGGUAACAUUUAAAAUGUUAAAAACCCUUAUAUCAAUGGUAUAGGGCUACUAUCUUCCUUCCAUCUUCCAUAGGUCUCAUAGGGCAUUCGUACUAGUGACUCGACCCUACUCUUGACAUCGGGAGUAAAGGGCCUUGUCAUUCAGCAUCGGCUAUGUGUCGAGUUCACUCGCUCCCUUUUGUAAAACUAUUCAUGUCGCUGGAAGUUAAACAGACCCUUUCUACAUCUGAUCUUACAAGUCAUACCUAUAUGAUUCUCUCUCAGUCCGCAAGCUGUUUUCAACUUAACUUAUCUGUGUUAAUUCACUGCGUUUGAUUAAUCGAGUGGUAAACCAGAGGCUCGCUAGCAUUUUCCUUCACGGCUAGAAACUUUCGGCCAGUCGUUUAAAAGGAGUUUAACCCGUGUUUAACAAAACCGCGUUCUAAGCCAUUUUCAAUUUUGCCCAACGCUUUUAUGUAAUUUUGAUUAUGUUGUCACCCUAGCUUUCUAACAUCUAUAAUUGUUCCAUUAACACCGGAUUGAAAAGCUGUUAAAGGACCUAAAUGCUUAUAAGUCUCCAGGGCCUGACGGUUUGUCUCCGGGGUUCUAUUAGAAUGUGAAUCGGUUCUAUCUCCAUCUAUAUGUGCAUUACAAUCUAUAAGUCCUUCGCGCUUGGCCAAUUGCCUAGCAAGUGGAAACGCGCUGACAUAACACCUUUCUUCAAAAUAGGCACUGAAAACUUGCAGAAACAGUUAGCGUUAGAUUCUAUUAACUUCAAUUGUGUAUACAUAUAUCAUCUUCCUAACUAAUAACUAAAGCACUACAACUAAGAAAUAUAAAAAUGAAAAUACUAUAAUCGAAAGGGGUGAACAUCACACUGAAAAAAUGUAGUCGGAGAUGAUGGCUUUAAAUUUUGCAGUUGAAUUCAUUGUUAAAUAAUCAGAUGGCAGGCUAUUCCAGUCAAUGAUAGUUCUCGGCCAGAAGCUGUAUUUGUACAGUGUCCCAGGAUGGCUGUAGUGGAAUAAAUUUCAGUGGAUGAGAUGCUCUGGUUUUUAGGAAAGACUGAUGUUGUACAUAGCAGGGGAUAUCAAUAGCGGCCUGGCUGGUAACACAUUUGUACAUCAGUGUCAGUCUAGCUACUUGUCUUCUUUUUUCGAGAGUUGGCCAAUAUAGUUGCUUUAGGGCGUUGGUUACGCAUCCCUCCUCCCUCGUGUAAGUUCUUGUUACGAUGCGUGCUGCCUGUGCUAGACCUGUUCGAGCCAUGAUUUCUGGUAUGUUCUAUACGGAUCCCACUGGCAGUACAACCAUAUUCCAACGUUGAUCUCUUGUAGGCCUGAUCUUUAACCUUCUGUGGGCAAUGAUGCAAGUUCCUCUUGACAAAGCCAAGUGUCUAAUUGGCUUUGUUUGUAAUGUUCAGGAUAUGUGGCUUCCAUGCAUGUGUAGGUCCUCUGACAGAGAACCUCCGAGGUAAGGGUAGUGGUCUACAGUCUGUAGGGUAUGGCCAGGCAUAGUGUAUGGGUGUAUAAAAGGACACUUGGUUCUGCAAACGGGUAGAACGUAAAACUUUGAAUGCUCAGGGGCACCCAACGAGAAUAUAGUUCAAAACCACUUAAACAUAGCAUGGCUAAACGUAUUUUAGUAUUUAAACGAUAGAUAUAGGCAUAUUUUUAUCCCCUAAAAAUUAUUCCAUGUCAGCCCGCUUGUAGAGAUAAACAUUCCUUUUAGGGUUAGCUGGUGGAUUUGCUCUGAUAUUGAUAUCACAGAUAACAGCAUCAUAGUCACUCAUGCUCGGGACUAUGUAGACGUUACUGAUCAACAAGAUCUGGGUGGGAUGAGAAAAGCAGGUCAAGAAUGUUUCCCUGUUGAGUUGGUUCCGUUACCAUUUGAGUAAGGUUGAAAUCCCUUGCACAGGGCCACCCAACGAGAAUAUAGUUCAAAACCACGAAAACAUAGCAUUGUUAAACGUAUUUUAGUUUUUAAACACUAGAUAUAGGCAUAUUUUUAUCCCCUAAAAAUUUUUCAUCUGUUCGGAUUUCCUAGCUAUAGCUGAAAGUCUAGUGAUGCGAAAAUUAUAGGGAUCAAAACUUAACUUUUCGAAAAUUUCAGCCACAAAAAAGGCUCCCGAAAAUUCUAGGUGACCUUUUAACGGUAAAAAUCCGUUGAAAAUGGGCAAUUAUACCAUUUUUUAGAUGUUCGAAAAUCCUAGGAGAUAGGUAGGUAGGUAGAUUCUUUAUUUAAAACUCGGUAAAAUCUUCAGUAAUAAUAGAGUAAAAAUCUAAUUACAAUUAAUUAGACUAAAAACUAUCGACAUACUGUUUUACAAGACAUGCCGAGUGAGAGUCCGACGACUCAAAUAGAUGAUUGAUUUUCUCUUUAAAUUUCCUGACUGAUUUAAUUUCUCUCACAUUUUCGGGUAAAGAGUUCCACAACAAAGCACCGCUGUAACUGAAACUUCGUUUCAAGUAGUUAGUACGCGGCCUGGACAACGUCAAUUUAUGAAAGGAAUUGCGCAAAUCAUAGUCUGUCCUUCGUUCGUGAAAUAGGUUCUGCAAGUACACUGGAGCUUGUUCAUUUAGAGAUUUAAACAUCAUUAUUGCUUUAUGCUUCUUUCUCCUUAUAACUAAUUUGUCCCAUUUGAGUAUAUCAAGAAGCAGGCUCGAGCUAGUCACAUAGAAGAGGCAGGCAAGCAACAAAUUUUACAACAAAUGUUCCGAAAAAUUCUAGAUCUCAAAUCGUCUUCCGAACAGAUAUUUCCUGAAAAUUGUCGUUGGGUGCCCCUGUUUGCAAUGUCGAUCAUUUUCCAAUUGAUAGCGGCAGUAAACUAGCAGAAGAAAUAGUUAACAGCAGAAUUAUGGAUUUUUGGGGCGAAGCCAAUGUUAUACUCUUCAAUCCGAAACAAUUUGCGUACAUGAAAAAGGGUCGUUCAACGGUUACACAGCUGUUAUCCUGUUUUAACGACUUGGCAAAAUCUCGCAACAAGAGAAAUCCAACAAACGUAAUUGUCUUAGACUUUCUCCAAAGCGUUCGACAGUCUUCGACAUACGUCGAUCUGCUUCAUAGGCUAUUGAUGGCCCUCUUCUCAAUUAAUGGCUUUCGGAGCUUUUUACAGUCAGUCGCAACGUGUUGUUAAUUGCGCCGCAAUUAUUCGUCAUGCCGACUCAGGUAAAAUCAGGCGUACCUCAGGGAAUAAUUUUAGGGCCCAUCUUGUUCAUAAUGUACGUCAACGAUAUAUUCAUUGGAGUUUCGGCUUCCACCGUGAACUGAAUUGUAAUCUAUUGUACGUAGACGACAAAAAAUCUGUAGAGAGUUAGAGAGCAUUCCUGAUGAUGCAUGUGCUACAAUCUGAGUUGUUUCGACUUACAAAAACCUACAGAAUGGUGCAAAACCUGAAUGACAGUUGAAGUUUAACCCCCGGAUAAAUUUGAAACAAUGAGAAUAAGUCACAAACAAGAUAAGUCGAAAGGGAGCUAUGCACUCCUUAUCUAAAUGGUGAAAGUGUAAAGAGCGUGAAAAAUAUCAAAAGAUCUCGGUAUUACAAUAUCGUGCAAUCUCUCAUGGAGCGAUCAUAUUCACGAAGUCGUCAACAAAGCUAACAGAGUCCUUGGGGUGACUAAGCGCGUGCUUGGGUCUAAAACCAGUGUAACAAACAGAAUUCUCUUUGCUAUACAAAUAUCUAGUAAGACCGAUCCUGGAGUAUGCUGUUCCAGUGUGGUGCUCUUUCCUACUCAAGGACAUAGUUUUGCUAGAAAACUGAAGUCCAGAGGAGAGCGUCGAGACUGGCCCUCGGCCAAAAGAGGGGCGAAAUGGAAUACGAGGGAUGUUGUGCCAUUUUAAAACGGUCCCCAUUGGAGAAACGAAGAUUGUAUUUUUCUCUGAUGGAGUGUUAUAAAUGUAUAUUUUCUUUAAAUAACUUCUCUAAUUUCAAGACUAUUUUCAGUUAGCUUCCAAAAGAACAAGGAGCAACCAUAGUUACAAGCUAAGAUUUCAAAGCAUCUAGUUUAAACUGUUGCAAAUAUUCAUUUUUGGUUAGAAUUGUGAAAGAAUGGAACGAUUUACCGUAGUGGGUUGUCGGGGCGUAUGACGAGUGCCAAGUGUAAAUUGUUGUAUUUGUUAUUAAGAUUAACGUUACGUAAUGUGGCGAUGUGAAUAUUUAAGUAGGUUAUAUAAGUUGCUGCCUGAUUUAUUAACGUGAGCAUAUUUCCCUCAUGCAGUAGUCUCCCACAAGUGUUUCAGGGCGAGAAAUCUUGCAUGUUUUAAGCGUUCUUUAGGUUCAUUUUUAAAUAUCUCGUAGUAGAAUGUAUUUUUUUAUUAUUAUUUCCUUAUUGGUUUUGUUUUUAAUUACCCUUUUUGAAUAAACGUAUAGCUACGUAUGUAUCUAAACACCACUUAUCGUGAACAAUUUCGAUAAAGCAUAAAUCGUAGAAUGGAGAAGCACUUAUUUUCUUAGAUUAACCCACUAAUAAACAGAUCUGGAGGUCCAAUGAUUUCUUAAACCGCGGCCUAAGUUAGACCCUCUGACGGUCAUGGUCCCUUGAUCUUUUGUUUUGUUUUUGUUUUUGCUUUUGUUCUAGAGUUUAUAGUCAGGAAGAAAAAAAAAGAAAACGAAACAAAGGCACAGUGGUCCCGUACCCCUAGUGGACAUUUCGUGACUGUUGUGCGAACUGACAGUCGCGCGCGCUCGUCUGUGACAUGGCCAGUCCGAAGCAUUAAGAUGGAUUGAUGGAUAUUAGCGUUCGAAAUUAACUUUGAAUCACUUUUCUCGAAGUGUUAAUUAGCGCCUACUAAAGUUCACGAAAAAUUUACGUCUAAAAAUUCCUCAAAAUGCUCAUGGUAAGUAAUACCCCAUAUUUGGGCAGUGACGUCAAGGUCUUGAAUUUGUUUACUCCUCGUGUUUCGAGGCCAGGUGAGCCAGUGUGUAACUGUUGGUUGUGAAUUGGUUGUGGAGUAUGGAUUACGUUGUCUUAAUUUGUUGAGUUGUUGCUCAGGACCUGACAAGUUAGCAAGCUUACGAUGUUUAAUUUGAAAGGGCUAUUAGUGCCCUGUCCUGCAUUAUAAAUUGGCAGGUUUUAAAGCAGCAACUGAUCAAGGAAUAAGGUUGUACGCUUUGAAAAUUUUGGCAGAACCAGUUUUCGCAGCUCCAUUUAAAUGGAGCCAGCCCUCAACUCCCGUGUGGAAUGCAACGUAUCUUUGUGCCAUUUCAAGAGACUCUUUAACAUCCGCUCUUCAGUUUAGAUCUUUUUUCUUUUAUGCAUAUUUAUAUUUUUAUACCUCCUCAUGAAUACUUGGCCUCAUUCUUAGGUUUGUCACACGUUUUACUUUACAUCAAUUUUUAACUAUUUAAAUAUAACUCCACGCGGAGUAUUUUUGUUACUCCUGAUGAUGCCUUUGAUCGGUGAAAGACCGCAAUUCAACCUCACUCGAACAUUAUUCUACUUUCUACCGUUUAUAGUUUUCAUACAAUGGAAUUUACCAUAAAACCUAAGAGCUAUUAAAACUUGCUCCAAUUUGCCAACAAAGCUUCAAGCCAUUUUUUUGUUAAAUAAAAGAGAAGACUUAGAAAUGUGCCUUAGUUGUUGUUUCAAUCUUGGGUCAAAUCAAGAGAGAAUUAGAUCAUUCUCUAUUGGUCAAAUUUAUUAUCCAUCCUUGCAGUCUGCAGCGAAAUCAAUGUUAAACCUCUAAAAUUAUGUAGUUAAUCGCGAAGAAUCACAUUCCACAUUACUGUUGAACGAAUUCGCCUCGCUGGCACUUCAAUGCCGCAAGGUACCCAUAGUUAUCUCUAUUUUUUGUUCACACCUCUCGUUCCCGUAUCCCCUCUCCUUGUGGGAGGUGGUAUCUCGCGCGCGCACUUGCGUUUCUCGCUCUCUCAGCGCCACCAUUGCUCAGCACUCCUAGGAGUCUAAACUUUGAAUCUACGGAUCCAAAGCAAGUCAGGUUAACGUUCCUAAGCCUCCUUCAGUGUUCGUGAUAGUGGGUUAAGCUUAUUCUUGAAAACAAACAGACGAGUGGCUAUUGAUAGAUAUUAAAUAAAUAUCACAAAAUAUUAUUGAAAGAAGCCUCGUUCAAAAUUGUUAAAAAACCGCCAUAUUGCAAACGUCUAGACUGGCUUCUUACACGCAAGUGUGUUUAGAAAUAAAAAAUCUUGCCGUAAAACAUUGCGAAAGAAUUACGUAAUUUCCUACUCACCGAAGCAUUCAAAUUGUUAACAUUUGAAGAAUGUUGUUGUGCACCGUUAAAAAAAAAACUUUUAAAUAUAACUGUACCAAUGAUAUGGCACUAGCAUCUUACUCCCAUCUGCCUCUUCCUUUUCAGUGCACUGACACCGUACUCGUGACUGCCCUAAUCUUGACAUGGGGAGGAAAAGGUCACGUUAUUCAGCAUCGGUCAUGUGUCGACUUCUCUCACUAGCUACUGUUACUUGAAGUUUCAGACCCCUUCUGCUCUUCUAGCGAGAAAUCACAGUAAGCACUCGUUCUCUUAACCCCCUUUCCUUGACAUCGGGAGAUAAGAGUCGUGUUAUUCAGUAUCGGUUCAGUAUGUGUCGAGUUGUCUCGCUCUAUUUUGUCAGCACAGUACAGUGCGACCCUUUCUACAUCUCCUCUUACAAGUCACACGUUUCCCUGAAUUCUGUCAAUCCGCAAGCUGUUUGCAACUUAACUUAUCUCAUAUGUCAAUUCACUUCGUUUGAUUAUCGACUGGUACAUUUUCAGCCAUGCAAUGAAUAGUUAACUUAAAGAAUUAGAAAUUCUGAACCAGAUACUUUCAUAGAGGAAUUAUUGAUCACUAAUUGUUAAGCAACUACUUCACUGCUUACCUUGUGUAUUGCAAAGGUACAUGGCAAACACCUGAAUUAGAAGUAACUUCAAUGAAGAACACUUUCCCACUUGCAUGGUGAAAUUAAUCUGUAGAACUCUUAACUCAGUUCAGUUGUGAGAUGAAACUGUCAAGGUGAUUGCAGUACAACAUGAACAACCUCCAGGUCAGUGCCGGUCAUACAUCGAUUUUGGGUCGGGGUCCUUUGCUCUUUUGUUUUGUUUCUCUUUUUUAAGUUUACAAGUAGGUCGAAAACAUAGAAAAGAAACAAAAGGACAGUGGACCCCGACCCAUACACCUACCCAGAGUCGGAAUUUCAUGACUGUUGCGACACAGCUAAAAGGGUUCGCAAUUAAUUAACUCGAACUAACGUAGUACUUGGCGCUACUAAUUAUAGUUCAAGUCUAAAAAUUCCUCAAAAUUUUCUUAGUAGACGACUGAAGACAAGAGGGAAUGAGCUCUUGCUGAAGAUUAUUAUCAACCAAACUGUCCGUUGUGAAAAUGGAUCGAAUUUAUUAGGGUUUCAUUAGAUUAAUUAAGUUCAGAACCCUGGUGAGGGGCUGAGGGCUCCUACAUGAAAAGGGGCGGGGAAACUUGGCCUCCUGUUUAGGGGUGUAAAUUACAAAUUUUGGUGUUACCCAGGAUGUUCAGAACACAGGUAACCCAAGAAUACUAUCAACCCUUGCCACAGAACGCCACUCGGCUAAUAAAUUGAUUAUACCUUGACAAUUCUAAGACUUUGCAUAAGACAAUAUUCAAGCGUUUAUAUGCGUCAUGACUACGAUGUAAAUAUAAGAAAAAAUCUAAAAAAUUGUACAUGAAACGCUAAAAAUUUAAAAAUUGAGAUUUCAUAAUGCGCAUAAAAAUUCAGAAAUGUCCGUAAAAUUUAAAAUUAGAUAAUUUCUUGGGUGCCGACUGAACCGACAGACAGUUGAAAUUGAGGGUUGUCCAAUACUCUGAUAAAUUUAUGCAUGGCUUUAUUAACUUUCUCAUUGUUUUGCUUCGUUCUUUAACCAUGCUUUUGUCCAGUGUUGAUCUGAUAUACACACGGCUAAAGUUACGAGGGCUUAACAACAAAGGAAAAGUCCCCUGAGUAAUCUUUAAAGUGAUGGCGGUCGCUUACGAGAGCUUUCCAUUACAAUCUUUAAGUCACAGUUCAAACGAGGUUUUACAAAGGUGGUCGUAACCAGAGCUGGUCCCUUACGAGAGUGGUCGCAAGGGGAGCUGCCCUCGACUGUAUAUGAAAUUCAUAUACUACGUGGUCGCUUGGCAAAAAGACUGCCGCUACUAAAGACGACACCUUUGGUGGAUGUGACUGAUUUCAAUUGUCAGUGCAUCCUGAAAGAAAAUUCACACAUACAUAUGCUUUAGCUCUCAUUCAAGCGAUAUAACAUUAAUACUGUUGAUGAUGGUGAUGAUGAUGAUGAUGAUGAUAUACCUUUCGUUUUAAAAAUAAAGGUUUGACGGACCUUCGCGACUCUGCAGUUGGAAAAAGUCAGGAUUCUGUCGUAGGAGGAAUUUUUUGUUUAUUGCGAUAUAUGAUAAGAUUGAUUAGUUAAAGGGACAGUGUCCCGAUUAUGCGCACUCGCGAGAGUCAUCUGUUUUUUCUUCAAAAGACAGUAGAACUGUCAUAUUGACGCGACAAGAUUUCCUUCCGGGCCGCACCGCCGACGGAGAUUUGUUGUUUACAUUCUCAAGUAAUCUUUUAGACUAAGAAGAAGUCUUUCGUCUUAUUUAAAAUUAGGCUCGCGGCACGAAGACUCAUCGCGAUUUUGUGGCUAGCAGGGCCGCCUCGCGACCCGAAAAUCUCAUUCCGCUUUUCUAGUGUUAAACUCGUGUGGGAGGUCAAUUGUUCAAAGUACAGUAAUGUUUGCCUGAUUUGCUCGCGUUCUAGUCUCAAACGUUUGAAAGAUAUAAAUAAAAAUGCAAUCUCAACGCUAUGAUCAUCGCAAAGGUUAGUCAAAAAUUAUAUUAUGACUUCAUUGCUAAACAUGUAGCGCCUGUUUGUUUGAUUUUGUCGGCCGUAGGGAGGUUCAUUUAAAAGUUUACUAACGCGUCGUUGCAAAGCAUUCUUUUCACGAAGCUUAAUUCCACAAGACCUCCUCAUUCACAUCAAUGUCUCAAUGGUUUCUAUCUUACAGUCUCUAUUGUUGUUGCUUCAUUUCUGCGUAUUCCUUUCACGAUUAUCUGAGCUUGUAUGGAAGCUGGCGGAAGAAAUAAGCCUUCAAUCGACAUCAAAGCGCUUCCCAUCUUUUGGUUCUCCAGCCAACAGCAAUAAAAGUAACGAUUUCGCUCAAACCGAAACUUAACGGGAACAAUAAAUCACUGAUCUGUAAUCCUGAGAAGUUUUAGUAUAGUAUCGAACUCGGCCAAGCGCAAUGCAAACGGCUUUUUCAAGGUUCUCUUACUCUCCUCGCAUCUUUUGAUUUCGCGACAUCCUGUCCGAAAAUUAAAGUUUGGUGCAUGCGCAGUGUGCAGGACAUUUUUUUCUGAAAUCACCCAUAACCCCUCAGAAGUCAAAUGGUCGGCCCCUAAAAUCUAGACUACGAGUAGUCCCCCAUUUUUCCGUUUCGCUCGCUCUACUCUCCCUGAGGAAAAAUGGGGGACUACUCGUAGUCUACUAAAAUCCGCCAAACAUUUGGUCAGUUGACAAAUUCUGAUUUGUCAAUCAUUUCUAAAGACUUUUGAAACAAUAGGGGACAAAACUCUCUAGGGAAAAGGGGAGGAAUUCUUCUCUACUUACCCCUACCCGAAAAGUCCGUACGGACGUACGCUGACGUCAUAACCAAAUUUUAUUACCCAUAGUGCUCCGCUAUCAACACCGCUUGAUAACAUCGUCACAACUGACACACUUACUGUAAACAACCUUUCUGUCAACAACAAAUACUCUCUCUACUUACAAACACAUGAGAGUGCUAGGAUACAACUUUCAAGCCGAUCGGUUUCUAGGCAAAUUCGAAACAGAAUAAAUUGUUCUAAUAUGUUACUAACAUCUGAAUGCAUUUUUCGUAAAAGCUUAUUAACAGCUAAGAAGCACCCUCUAUAGAAGCUGACAUGUAGUAAACUAUUUUAUUUACAUCUUUUGCAUCGUCGAAAGCUCUAUAAUUGGAUGAACGCCAAAAGUUUAUCUAACUUCAUCGCUUUCAUUCUAAAUAAAAGUAAUAAUAAUCAUAAUAACAAUCAAACAAAACAAAAAAUAACUCGAAUUAAGAGAAUGAAUAGAGGAUAUUUCACGGUUGCACAAAGAGAUGAAUGUUAUUUUCGAGUGCCAAAACAAUAUUUUACGAACGAGGGCAGCGAGUGAGUAAAAUAUUGUUUUUGCGCUUGCCACGAGAAAAUAAAAUUCAUAUCUUCAAGCCACCGUGUAAUGUUCUUUUUAUUUUAUAGACAAAAAGAGAUCGAUAAGAUAAUAAAAGGAAUUACCGAAAUUACGUCAUCGAUAAACUCACGUGUGAGAUCAUGGAAAAUAAAGCACUUGGGUCCCAGAUGUAGUUUUUUUUUAUGAAUUUUACGAGUGCUAUAUUUCCAGUAAAACACACGUGCCUAUAUAUUGAUAAAAGGUAAAUAAGCACUAAUGUCAUAAUAAAACGCUAAGUACUCGAUCUCUACGUAGGCUGAUCACUAGGCAUGAAUAUCGCCGCUACAAGUCUAAACCUUUAUUCUAGUUGUGGAUGUGACUGAUUUCAAAUUUUGACGGAUUUUUUGAUCCAGUUCAGUAUACCCAGAAAGACAUCCAUGCAUACAUAUACGUUAUUUUUCAUCCUCAAAGAGGCUUUUGGUUUUAAGAAAACCCACGAAAGUUGUGUUCGAGGUACUGAGCGCAGUCGCACUCCGGUUGCUCUGCUUUACAUCCUAUUAAAAGCCGAAAGUUUCCCCUGCUUUUACAUGUUACUUGCUUCUUUACAUCGAUGAACAGUUCUUAGUAGAAUAUUCAAAUUACUAGCUGCCUAGCUUUUAUGUUACUUUUUCAGUACACAGCAGGCAAUUAUCAGCAACACAACAAUUCCAAUGCAAAUCACAGCAACAGCUACCGCCAGCAGGGUAAUGAUGGUGUUUUUGUCCUUUUCUGAAAUUUAAAGAAGAAAAAAAAAGGCAAAGAAAAGUCAUUCACCAGCGAUUAACGAUUCCACCAGUACCCCCUUGGAAGCUACCAGAGAGCCGUUUACAACACGCCUUGAUAGAGAGGAGAAGUCGUUACGUCACGUUGCCAUUGUAGCAAAAUGUUUGGAUGACAACAAACCAGAAAUUCACUUAAAAAGUAAAUUCGCACUUUUUCAAACUUCAUCGAUCUUAUUCAAUUUCAUUUAAUUUGCCAAAUGUUGACGAAUUCUCUGGUGUUGAAUCCGAAAGGACCGUAUCUGAGUUUAGAAAAAGAAAAAGAAGCUUUUGUGUUGUGUUCUCCUACCCCGUAAAGCGGUUGUGAAAUUAGGAAGUUUCAUGUCGCAGUCGUGAAACGAUGGCUAAAAACUGUGUGAAAAAGCGUGAUACCAGCUUUUCUCGUGUUCUUCCAACAUCCCGCGUGGGUUAUCACGGCGGUAAACCCAUAGAAAGUGUGGUCUAUUGCCUAAUUAGGCCCUCAGAAACAGCUUUUCUGGGGAUGCAAUGUUCUGCUGCACGCGCGCGGGGUUCUAAUAUGCCUGGGGUCUGAUUGUGGUGUUGUUUAGAAAAAGAAAAAGAAACUUUUGUGUUGUGUCAGUCCUGCUCCGUAAAGUGGGCAUGUGAAAUUAAGAAGUUUCAUUUCGCAGUCGUGCAAAAAUGGCUAAAAACUGUGUAAAAAAGCGUGAUGCACGUGCAAAGUUGUUUUUCUUGUUGAUAUAAACCUAUUGCUUUUUUGUCGUUCUCGUUGCCGUCGCCUUAGUCGUUGCUUAAACUCCCUUAAUGUGAUUAAAAAAUUUAGCUACCAUGGUAACGUGCCGUCACACUUCUCUUUUCUAUUGGUUUUACUCCUUCUUUUGAGUAACUCUUUCUCCCAUUGGCUGAAAUGCCGUAAACUUCCGAUUAAAACCCCGCCCCCUCAACUUUAAGUUAUAGGCCCAUCUACCUGUUAACAAAAGAGUAUAUCUAGCCUGAUUUUUGAAAACGUUAUCACCAAAUGGACCUUUUGCGUCCAACAGUAGCUAUUAUAAAAACUAAGAAAGCAAUUAUUGCUGUUUCAGUCUCUUCCCCUCUUUUCCUUCUCCUCGCUUUUACUUUUUCUCCCUUCCUAUUUCUUCGUUACUUUGAUUUUCAGAGCUUCUUGGGCUUAAGAAACCUGCCUUUUGACACCUUUUCACUUAAAUGACUGCAAAUUUCGUUAGGUUGGUUUUCACAAAAAUGGUUAGAUGUACCCCGUCAUAAGCCCCACUAGCCUGUAGUGAAAUGAAUUUGACAUUUUAAGACUGGACGUUUUGAAGCUUAAAAAAGCGAGCAAAUUCAAAAAGGUGUUUUGAUCAGCACUGCUAUGUAGCUUGUUUUUGAUCAGAAACACUUUUUUAGUGCGGUUAUACCCCCCUCCCCCCCCCCGGUGUAUCAUAAUUAUGCCCCUUCCUUUUCUAAGCCCUCAAAACCCCUUAGCUUUUGAAGUUGUUGAACGUUUACAGUAUUCUCCCGGCUUAGUUUGUGUAUAUGGUCUGCGUACUUAUAUCAUAAACGGUUUAACCUCAAAAUGUCAAAACCAUGAAAAUAGUUCUUAACUUCGAACAAUAGAGACUUUAAGAAUCAUGCACGUUGACUGCAAACGGCAAAAGCGAAAUUGAAUCCAUGACCAAGUUUUUCUUUAACUUGUGGUUUUGGAUUACUGUUCAUUACUGUUACACGUAUGUGAAGGACAAAGAUAACAAACCACGUACCCGAAUCAUCAUCACCCGUUUGCCCACCAGUAACAGUCCCAUCGCCGAGGCCCACAGAAGAUCGAACAGCUGAUGAUGUUUGCUGAGCCGAUGAUGGCGCAAAAACCUGCGAUGAAGAUAGUUCUGUGACAUGUGACACUGAAUCUGUCAUCGCUGUUGAGGCAGACACUGAGUUUGAUACCGAAACUGACGGUGAUGGCGACAUUGACGCUGAAAACGAUGCAGAAGCUGACGUAGAUGGCGACAUCGACUGCGACAUUGAUGUUGCGGCAGACACUGAAGUUGACGUCGAGGCUGAAGUAGGUGGCGACAAUGACGUUGACAUUGACUGCGAUAUUGAUGUAGAUAUGGAAUGUGACAUUGAUGUGGAGGCUGGCAUUGAUGUUGACGCCAAGGCUGACGUAGAUGGUGACAUAGAUUGUGGCAAAGAUAUUGAAUUAGACACCGAAGGUGCUGUUGGCAGCGUAACUGAAACAUAAAAAGAAGUGUUUACUUUAGUAUUUAAAAUGGCUUUUCAUCUACAUCUUAAAUCUCUACAUUUAAUUCGGGUUAAAUAGCCAAUUUUUCAAAGAGUCUCAAAUUAGCAAGGAAAUGAUAAUGGCCAUAUGUCUGGCGGCAAAUGAAAAACGGCACAAUCUGACACCUCAUGUCCUAAACUCAAAUAAGUUUACAAAUUUUUUAACUGCCGAGCAAGAUUGAUUUUAUCCGUAAUCAGGUGAGAAAUUCUGCUGAAAUACAAACUGCCAGCAGUCCAUAAAAAUUGUUGCUAGGUAUUGUUUAUGGGUACAGGCUGUGUAAUAUACUAACCUACCAGUCUACAAGAAGAGGGCGAUAAAUUACAGCCCAAACAGCCUGUGCGAAUUGGGCAAGAAUUGAACAUUUAAGAGUAUAAAAUAGCCCAGAUAGUACGCACGUUCUGAUUGACUGAUUGGUUAAAAACCUAUGGCUUAUUGUGCCGGUAAACUCAUAGAAAACUUAAAGAUAUUUUAUAAAAGCAAUAAACCACACUUCCUAUGAGUUUACCGGCGUGAUAACCCACUUGGGAUGUUGGGAGAACACUCGAUUACUCAAUCACUCGCCUGGGGCUCGUGAUUUACAAGCUUUUCUCGUGUUCUCCCAAUAUCCCGCGUGGGUUAUCACGCCGGUAAAUCCAUAGAAAGUGUGGUCUAUUGCUUAAUUAGGCCAUCAGAAACAGCUUUUCUAGGGGUGCAAUUUUCUGCAGCACGCGCGCGGGGCUCUAAUGUGCCUGCGGUCUGAUUGUGCUGUUGCGGAUGAUUCUUUAAAGUAACUUAUUAAUGUAUUAAUGGGAGAUUCGCUUUUAGCUUUGGCUAAGCUUGGCUAAAUAAUAAAUAUAUUACAGUCAAACCAGGUCAAGCGUACCCCACAAGAACCAUUAAUGAAUUUAUUAUUCAAAAGUUGAAUCCGUUGCUUGUUGUAGAUUUCAGAUUGAUCUCUGCAUUCUUGUAUGUGUAAUGAGCUGUGAAUUCACACGCGAGGCAGUUUCUACCAGCUCCAUUUUGCUGUAAUUGAUGUAAAUGUCUUCUAAGAAGCUUAAUGCAUUCGAAGAUUUCCAAUCUGACCAAAUACAGAGAAGUUCUCGUAAAAUAUUCAGUGCUCAUUACGCAUGCAGAAAUGCCGCUUUGAAUUUGACACCAGUUACGGGAACGACUAACGGAUUCAUUUUUCAAAUAAUCAAUUCACUGAUAGAAUCUUGGGGGGUACGCUUGACUUGGUUUGACUGUAAAGAGCCGAUAUCAAAAAAAUAUUCCUCUUGCCAAUUCUCAUUGGUUAGAUAUCCUGAGUUUUUGUUUAGGCCCUGGUUAUUCAAAGAGCGGAUAAGGGACUUGUCAGAAAUUAGCAGGGGGGAAGGGGGGGGGAUGGAAACAGAGGGAGGGUCACAACUUUUUGAGACUGCAGAAAAGGGAGGGGUCAUGAAAAAUGGGCUGUUAAAAGGGGGAGGGUCAUGUGAAUAUUUGUCCGUGAUCAUGUAGAGGUUCACCCACAGAAGAAAAAAGAAGUUCUUCAUUUUUAAAAAAAAAAACUGGGAGAAAUAGGAGAGUCGAGUGAUCAGCUGUCAGAAUCAGAGUCGGACUCUUAAUGCUGUCAUCUAAAAUGUAUGUAUUGGCAUUACAAAAAACAGAUUAGAAAUAUAUUUUGAGCUUUCAUAAUACUGACUCACCCUAGUGUAUUGCAAGAACUAGAUUUUAUCAUUUAUACAUGAGGGGGAGGGUCAUGAUAUUUUAGGCCAAGGCCAAGGGGAGGGUUAGCAAAUUUCACUCCCAUUGCAGGGAUGGGUCACCUCAUUUCCGAACCCAAAUUUAAAAUUCCCACCCCCCCUCCCCCCCUGCUAAUUUCUGACAAGUCCCUAAGUCCUAUCCAGUGGAUAGAAUUUAUCCACUCGCGCCAUCUCGGUUGUUCGAAAGAUGGAUAGCGUUAUCCACUCGCUAUCCAGCGGAUGAAUUUAACCACGGUAAGGUAGGUAGUAUAAAUUUUUACCCACCCGACAAACGACAUAAAUAUGACCGGUCGACAGCUGCAUCUUUUACAGAGCAACUUGUCGCUAAACCAUCUAUACCAACUUCCCUGAAAAAGGAGAACUUUUCGCCGGUAGCUCGAUAACGUUGAAGAAAACUUGCUCUUGAGUAUACUAAGAUUCUCUUCCGCCUCUUCAAAAAUUACGGCACGCUCCGCUGGCGUAAAGUUAGACUUUCUAGGACGCUUGGCCUGCAAAGGUUCAACAUUUUCAGCAAUGUUGUUGUCUGUCCGGCACGCGCAACGCAAGUCUGGAUUUAUUACCAUGGCAACUGUCUGGAUAGCGAUUUAUAGUUAUACGCAAGGCUAUCCGCGCUUUGUGCAACAUUUUAGCCACUGGAUAACUAUCCAGUGGAUAGCAGUUUUAUCCGCUGGAUAAAGUUAACCGCUCUUUGAACUACUGGGGCCAGGGUUUUAGGAAUUAGUAUAGGUAAUAGCAUGAUUUGGAGUGAUAUUUGGAAUAAAUACCACGAGCGAUAUUUCGAAAUUGUUAUAGGUAAUUUCACGAGCCCUUAGACAAGUGAAAUUUGUGACAAUUUUGAAAUAUCACGAGUGGUAUUUAUGCCAAAUAUCACGUACAAAUCAUGCUAUUAUUUGUUUAUACUACUACCCCCAAAAGGUUUGUAAUUUUCACAUGUAGGUAUUUCAAAUUAAGCUGAAAUACCACUGCUCUAAGCCAAUCAAAUUGCAGAAAUUUCUCAUGUAGUGGUAAAAUAUCGAGAAUAUAUUUCUUCGUUGGAGUACUUACGUGGUGCAUCAUCAUCUUCAACUAUAAGUACUCUAGAGACCACAUUUGCAAUAAGGCGGUAACCGGAGGAGGGUUCAUAUUCAUCAUAAAGUAUGAAUUCGAGUUCCACUGAUUCGUCUUCUUCGUGCACAUCAUCAUCCAAAAUAGUGACAUUGACGACAUAAUAAUUCAUCGGCAAGGAGGGUGAAACAGUUAGGUUUGCAACGAAAAACUGUAUGUUGUCUGAAUAAGCCACGGUUGUUGUAAAGUUCGUCGAGAAGACACUGAAACAAAGAAUCCCUGUUUAUAGAUUACAAAUAAGAAACGAGGAUCUAAUCCUAAGAAUAUAUUUGACACCCUCCUUAUUGAACCCGAAUUUAGAGCUGCAAAAAAAUGAGUUCUGGAAGCUCGUUAUUCGGAACUUCAAUAGACUUAUAUUAAGGACUGCCUUACUGCACGCACUAAAUUUUGCUUGUUUCAAUUUUCUCUGAUUCCCCGCAAAGUUUUCUCUGUUCACUGACGCCCGAUAGUGUUAUUUAAAUUUGUCUGGUACCAUUUCUGUUUUCUUAAAGUUUCGACUAUUCCUCAGCUUAUGUGAAUUAUAAAAAAAAAAGCUUUCUGAUGGUAAACCCUGCAACAAUCGCAGCAGGAAAAGGCCCUUUUUGGCAGCUUGUAGGUUAAAACCAAGGCUGGGUUAAACAAUGACUAAAGAAAGUUUCUAAACAAAGCAAUCAGGAGAGGGCGGAUAAACUUUUGAAGUAAAUGAAGUACGCGAAAAUCAUGAUGCUGCUGUGCAUGGUUACAUUAUUUUUGUUACUAACUGCUUUCUCGUUUGUUAAACUAUUUUAAAGAAAUAAUUGAUGAGUUGUAACUGUAUUUUAAAAGAAUAUUGAGUCGACACCAGGUCAACCAUUUUUAAAGUCCACAACCCCACAACCCCCCUCCCCACAAAUAGACUUCAAAAGAGGUGGAUCGGCCCCCGCACUUUGAAAACUGAUCGGCGGGCCCUGUGGAUUGACUGUAUUCCGAAAUAAGAAAUCAUUCAACCGUUUUGGAUCUUAGACUGCAAUAAAUAGCCAGAAAUCUACUUGAAAUAACAUAUUAAGAUGCAUGGAGCGGUCAAGGGGCCCCAAAAUCACCGUAGAGCAGAUUUGUAACAACGCUUUGCUUGUUAUUCCGGAAUACCAUCAAUCGAAUUCACCCUAAGUAACAGAUAGAACUUAGAACGUUUUUUACUAAGAGGGCUUGUUGUCUUAUAUGUAUUAUGCUCAAAGGAGUUUGUGUAUAUGCAUACUGGCGUUAACUUGUUUCAAAACUUACAAGUGUGAUCUACAAGUGAAGCUAUUGUUUUGGAGUCUGGGGUCAAUUUAAUAAAACUUUCACAAGUUAAGUGUAAUUAUCUAGCUUGGCGGUUGUUUUAUAGUCCGAAAACAAUAGCUACACUUUUAAAUUACACUUGUAAAAGUUUUAUCAAAUUGAUGAUGACGGUGAUAGUGAUGAUGACGAUGAUGAUGAUGAUGAUGAUGUUGAUGAUGACGAUGAUGAUAGCGACGAUAAGGAUGAUGUUGAUGAUUGUGAUGAUCACACACGAUGGCGCCGCAUUCGGUAGACUUUUUCUAGCUAAAGUUUUAACUGAAAUCUGAAAUGGUAAGUAAUUUUCUCACCCCAGAUAAACGGGAAACGGGCCCAUAUAACCAAAAUUAUGUACAACAACAAUAACCUCAGCAGUUCCUUGAUCCUCACUCGCUAUUAUUGUUGGCUGUGGUACUUCAAUCUGGAAUAGGAAACCUAAUAAUAAUAAUAAUAAUGAUAAGAAUAAUAUAUUGAUAGCCAUAUUCCCCUGCCAAUGCAUAAAGCGGUUGCCCAUUAAGUAAGGACACCUAUCAAAAAAAUUAACUAAAAUACCAGGUAACAUAUAUCUAGCUGGAUUUUUCAUAACGUUAAUUAUCGCCAAAUGGACCUUUUGCGUCGAACAGUUUUUUCGGCCAAAAACUAUCUACAAAGUAGCUAUUAUCAAACUGACUAAGAGUGCACACAUGGCUUUUUUUUUCUUCUCCUCGCUCUUUCUUUUUCUGCUUUCCUUUUCCUUCGUUUCUAUGACUUUGGAGCUUCUCGGGCGUAAGAAACCUGCCUUUUGACGCUUUUUCACUCAAAUGACUGCAAAUUUCGUUAGGUUGGUUUCAAAAAAUCGGCUAGAUAUAGAGAUAAUUAAGUUAGUAAUAAAAAUUGUGCAAGAAAUUCUAAGAGUUACACAGGGAGCAAUUUUCCACCGCGUAUCUUGAGGGAACGUGCGUCCGAUUCGGUUCUCUCUCCAUCUAUAUGUGCAUUUAAUAAUCAGUAAGUCCUUCGCGCUUGGUCAAUGGCCAGCAAGUGGAAACGCGCUGAAAUAACACCUUUGUUCAAAAAGGGCACUGAAAACUACAGAACCAAUUACCGUCAGAUUUCACUAACUUCAAUCGUGUGCAAACUAGCAGAAGGAAUAUGUUAAACGCAGAAUUAUGGAUUUUUAAGGCGAAGCCAUUGUACUGAAAAUCCGAAAUCAAUUUCCGAACAUGAAAGGUCGUUAUACGGUUGCAUAUCUUUUAUCUUGUUUUAACGACUGGGUAAAAUCUCGCAACACUGAGAAAUCCAACGGACGUAAUUCUCUAAUCUUAGACUUCUCCAAAGCCAGUUUGACAGUGGCAGGUCCACACAGACGUCUGCUUCUUAAGCUAGAAAGAUACGGUGUUGAUGGCUCUCUUCUCAAAUGGUUUCAGAGCUUUUUAAUUGGUCGGUCACAACGUGUUGUUUCGCGCGGCAGUUAUUCGUGAUGGACUCAGGUAAAAUCAGGCGUACCCCAAGAAACAAUUUUAGCCGGGACCCAUCUUGUUCAUAAUGUAGGUCAACGAUAUAUCCACUGCAGUUUCUUCCACUGUGAAAUUGUACGCAGACGACACCAAACUCUAUAGAGAGUUAGAGAGCAUUUGAUGAUACAUGUGCUACAGUCUGACUUGUUUCGACUUUCAAAAAGCUACAGAAUGGUGCAAAACCUGGCAGUUGACGUUUAACCCGAUAAAUUUGAAACAAUUAGAAUGAAUCACAAACAAGAUAAGUCGAAAGGGAGUUAUGCACUCUUGAUCCAAAUGGUGAAAGUCUAAAGAGCGUGAAAAAUAUCAAGAUUUCGGUAUCACAGUAUCGUACGAUCUCUCAUGGAGCGAUCAUAUUUACGAAGUCGUCAACAAAGCUAGCAGAGUCCUUGGGGUCACUAAGCGCUUGCUUGGGUCUAAAACCAGAGUGUAACAGAAUUCUCUUUAGACUCAUUACCAUACAUAUCUCCAGUAAGACCGAUCCUGGAGUAUGCUGUUCCAGUGUGGUGCUGUUUCCUAGUCAAGGACAUAGUUUCGCUAGAAAAUUGAAGUCCAGAGGAGAGCGUCGAGACUGGCCCUCGGCCAAAAGAGGGGCGAAAUGGAAAACGAGGGAUGUUGUGCCAUUUUAAAACGGUCCCCAUUGGAGAAACGAAGACUGGAUUUUAUUUUUCUCUGAUCGAGUGUUGUAAAUGUAUAUUUUCUUUUAAAUAAUCUCUCAUUGAAAGACUAUUUUCAGCCAGCUUCCAAAAGAACAAGGAGCAACCAUAGUUACAAGCUAAAAUUUCAAAGCAUCUAGUUUUAACUGUCACAAAUAUUUAAUUUUUGUUAGAAUUGUGAAAGAAUGGAACGAUUUACCGGAUUGAGUCACGGGUUGUCGGGGCAUGUGACGAGUGCUAAGUGUAAAUUGUUGCAUUUGUUGUUAAGAUUAGUGUUACGUAAUGUGGCGAUGUGAAUAUUUAAGUAGGUUAUAUAAUUUGCUGCUUGAUUUAUUAAAGUGAGCAUAUUUCCCUAAUGUAGCAGUCUCCCACAAGUAUUUCUUUUCAAGAAAUCUUGCAUGUUUUAAGCGUUCUUUAGGUUCAUUUUUAAAAUCUCGCAGUACAAUGUAUUUUUUUAUUAUUAUUUCCUUAUUGGUUUUGUUUUUAAUUACCCUUUUUGAAUAAACAUAUAGCUACCUAUGUAUCUGAACACCAUUUAUCGUGAACAAUUUCGAUAAAGUAUAAAUCGUAGAAUGGAAAAGCACUUAUUUUCUUAGAUUAACCCACUAAUAAACAGAUCUGGAGGUCCAAUGAUUUCAUAAACAGCGGCCUAAGUGAGACCCCCUGAGGGUCAUGGUCCCUUGAUGUUUUGUUUUGUUUUUGUUUUUGCUUUUGUUCUAGAGUUUGUAGUCAGGAAGAAAAAAAAAAAAACGAAAACGAAACAAAGGCACAGUGGACCCCAACCCCUAGUCGACAUUUCGUGACUGUUGUAAGAACUGACAGUUGAGAGCGCGCUCGUCCGUGACAUGGCCAGUGCGAAGCUUUAAGAUGGAUUGAUGGAAUUAGCGUUCGCAAUUAAGUUUGAAUUACUUUUCUCGAGGUGCUAACUGGCGCCUACUAAAGUUCACGAAAAUUUUACCUCUAAAAAUUCCUCAAAAUGUUCAUGGUAAGUAAUACCCCAUAUUUGGGCAUUGACGUCACGGUCUUGCGUUCGAGGCCGUGUGUGCCAAUGUGUAACUGUUAGUUGUGAAUUGAUUGUGGAGUAUGGAUUACGUUGACUUAGUGUUGAGUUGUUGCUGAGGACCUAACAGGUUACCAAGCUUACGAUUUUUGUUUGAAAGGGCUAUUAGUACCUUGUCCUGCUUUAUAAAUUGGCAGGUUUUAAAGCAGCAAUGAUCAAGAAAUAAGGCUGCACGCUUUUAAAAUUUUUGUCACAACCAGCGGAUCUUCGCAGCUCCAUUUACGUUGAGCCAGCCCUCAACUCCCUUGUGGAAUGCAAUUAUUGAAAGAUGCCUCUUUCAAAAUUGUUAAAAAAAAAAAGCCAUAUUGCAAACUUUUAGGCACGCAACUGUGAAAUAAAAUUAUCAUGCCGGGAAACAUUGCGAAAGAAUUAUUUAAUUUCGUUAACUCACCGAAGCAUUCAAAAUUGUUAACAUUUGAAGAAUGUGAGUUGUUGUGCACUAUUAAAAAAAAAACUUUUAAAUAUAACUGUACCAAUGAUAUGGCACUGAUAUCUUACUUCCAUCUGCCUCGUCCUUUUCAGUGCACUGACGGUACUCGUGAAUGCCCUAAACUUGACAUCGGGAGGAAAGGGUCAGGUUAUUCAUCAUCGGUUAUGUGUCGACUUCUCUCACUCGCUUUCAGUGUCACUUGAAGUUUCAGACCCCUUCAGCUCUUCUAGCGAGAAAUCUGAGUAAGCACUAGUUCUCUUAACCCCUUUCCUUGACAUCGGGAGAUAAGAGUCGUGUUAUUCAGCAUCGGUUCAGUAUGUUUCGAGUUGUCUCGCUCGCUUUUGGGAGCAGAGUACAGUGCGACCCUUUCUACAUCUGCUCUUACAAGUCACACCUAUAGAAUUCUGUCAAUCCGCAAGCUGUUUUCAGCUUAACUUAUCUCAUAUGUCAACUCACUUCGUUUGAUUAAUCGACUAGUACACCAGAAGCUCACAAGCAUUUUCAACCAUGCAAAGAAUCGCGGUUAACCUAAAGAAUUAGAAAUUUUGAACCAGAUACUUUCAUAGAGGAAUUAUUGAUCACUAGUUGUUAAGCAACUACUUCACUGCUUACCUUGUGUAUUGCAAAGGUACAUGGCAAACACCUGAAUUAGAAGUAACUUCAAUGAAGAAUACUUUCCCACUUGCAUGGUGAAAUUAAUCUGUAGAACUCUUAACGCAGUUCAGUUGUGAGAUGAAACCGUCAAGGCCGGACUGCAGUACAAUAUGAACAGCCUGCAGGUCAACGUCAGUAUUACAUCGACUUUCCGUCGGGGUCCAUUGAUCUUUUGUUUUGUUUCUUUUCUUUAAGUUUGCAAGUAGGUCGAAAACAUAAAAACGAAACAAAAGGACAGUGGACCCCGACCCAUACACCUACCCAGAGUCGGAAUUUCAUGAAGGGUUCGCAAUUAACUCGAAUAAACGUAGUACUUGGCGCUUCAAAUUAUAGUUCACAGAAAAUUGAAGUCUAGAAAUUCCUAAGAAUUUUCUUAGUAGACGACUGAAGAUUAUUAUCAACCAAACUUUCCGUUGUGAAAAUGGAUCGAAUUUAUUAGGGUUUCAUUAGAUUAAUUAAAGGGACAGGUUCACGGUUCAGCGCUGCUCAUUUAUCAAAAUGCUGUUUUUCUGCCGGGACAUGCUGUAUCAUCUAUGCAAGCGAUAUGAUCAUGUCACAAUGUUGUCAAAGAAGCAAUCUGCACACUCCCCUGGCAGUCACUUGCACUUGAUAAACUUAAAUAUUUACAAAUAGCUGUAAAUUAAUCAACAAUGGAAUAAAACCUUCGGGUCAGUAAUAAAUUCAACGUUGGUAGUGUUGGUAUAAUCCACUAAUUUUUUCUUUUAUUUUAGUACUCCUCCAUCCUACUUCAGGUUACCCUGAAAUGCAAUUAUACUUUGAAAUACACUCCGAGAUCAGUGAGAGUGGGAUUAUUAACCGAUAGAAUUAAUAAUAAAUUGGAAACAAGUGAUUUAAUUAAUGAACACGCGCUUAACCGUGAACCUGUCCCUUUAUGUCCAGAACCCUGGUGAGGGCCUGAGGGCUCCUGUGUGAAAAGGGGCGGGGAAACUCGGCCUCUUGUUUAGGGGUGUAAAUUGCAAAUUUUGGUGUUAUCCAGGAUGUUCAGAACACAAGUAACCCAAGAAUACUAUCAGACCUUGCCACAGAAUGCCACUCGGCUAAUAAAUUAUUCAUACCUUUCUUAGACUUUGCAAUAGCCAGUGAGUAUUCCAUAAUAAGCAAAAUGUGCUUUUUAUAUCAAGCCAUUUUUUCGGUAAGAAGGACGCUGAAAACCUUGCAUUGCGUGACCAAGGGCUCUGCGUGGCGGCGCACUUGUUGGCUAAGGAGAUAAACACAGAGUCGGAUUUGGUUGGACAAAAUUUGGCCACCAAACGUGACGAACUUUAUUUUCAAGAUCUGUCAAUAUAUAAUAAACUAAAUAUCUCUUCAGCAAAGGUAGGGGAAAAAACCAAAAAAUGCUGAAAAUUGGUUCAAACCAGCGAUGUGAACAACGUGAUGGUGAGCGAUCGAAAGGGGGCGAGCACAUGGAAAAGCGCCCCUAAGAAUGAUAUAGUCCGGAACGCCCUAAAUUCUGAUUGACUGGAAAUAAGAUAGGCUUGGAACCUGCCGCCUUGGCCUGCAAACCAUUAUCAAAUGCCUUGCCAUAAAAUCCCAUUAUGAUGUCGUCAUAACGGUGUCUUUUAAACUUAUUAAAGCGUUUAUAUGCGUCAUGUCUGCGAUGUAAAUAUAAUAAGAUGAAAAAUUCUACAUGAAAUCUAAAGGUACAUGAAAUGCUAAACAUUUAAAAUUUGAGAUGUCAUAAUGCACAUGAAAAUUCAGAAAUCUCAGUAAAAUUUAAAAUUAGAUAAUCUCUUGGGUGCCGACUGAACCGACAGAUAGUUGAAGUUGAGGGUUGUCCAAUAAUCCGACAAAUUUAUGCAUGACAUUGUAUUGUAUUGUCUUCACUUUACAGUACUGUAAAAAAGCAUGACUAAAGAACGAAGCAAAACAAUGAGAAAGUUAAUAAAGCCAUGCAUAAAUUUGUCAGAGUAUUGGACAGGUAUGAAGGAGAUCAAAUAUAAUAUACACACCCCCUUUCUACGGCCCUUAAUUGCCAAACACGAGUAUCCAAGACUUUGAGCAGGGUGAGAGCACUAGGCUCAGCCCUUAGCCUCAGCCAGGGCAACCGCGCACUAGUCACGUCCCAACGGUCAAGUUAAUCUCAAAUCAACGCGGGAUCAAAGUCUGUUCCAGCAAUUUGCCGACAAUUAGAACAUUCUUCUCCUCUAGGGGUCUACUCCCCAUGACAGCUUUUGAUGCCAAAAAUGGCAUUAAUAUUGUAGCCGUCGGUUCGGUGACAAAGGGCCAGCUGUGGUUGUUUAUACGAGAGACUGACAGUACAUCAGCGAAUCUCUUAGACAAUUUAAAGACCUAACAUUCUACAUGUAUUCCAAAACCAGAUGUACGUUAAACACACGGGUUGUGACCAAAUUAUUGAGAACGACGCCAAACAUUUUUUUUAGUGUAAUGUACAUGGAAUCAACCCCAAACCCAUACGCUUCAAUAUAUUUCUGACUGCUGAAUAUACACCCCGGGAGGGGUACUCGAUAUAUCCUUUGGGUGGGGAGGAGCUGCCCCGCCCCUCAUACCCUGACCCUGUUUAAGACAAAAAUCGCUUGUUUUCCUACCCUGUUUAAGACAGAAUUCCGAUUUCUGAUACCCUGUUUAAGACAUUUAACCCGAAACCAUACCCUGUGUACUGGACAAUAAUAAAACUCAAAGUACAAACAUUAACCAUAAAGGACUGCAAAAGACCGCAAACGAAUGUUCCGAAGAACGCAGGAUCUAUAAAGACCUGAUCAGCUAAAAUAAUAAUGAAGACAUAUUAAAUUGUGCAAUUAGAAUACUGCAAUGCUGGUCGUACUAAUUAACUCUGCAAGACAUGUCUGGCAGAGUUAAUUUUCACGUAGUACGAUCAGCAUUGCAGUAUUCUGCUUGCAGAAUUUAAUAAUCCAUUGGCAAGCACAGAACUAUUUUAGAAGACACCCUGUUUAAGACAAAAAUUGAUAAAAUCGAUACCCUGAUUAGGACAAACAAUGAUAAAAUCGAUACCCUGUUUAAGACAAAAAUCCCGAAAAAAACAUACCAUGGCUGGCCGCACGUCCCCAUUAAGCCCUUAUAAGGGAGUACCCCCCCCCGGGAUAUACACAAACAGCCAGUCGUGAGAGUAACCCUGGCUGGUUGUUUAUGUUUCCAGUAACAGCUAGCCCUGACUAAAUGUCAUUUAAUUUGACAUUUUUUGGACCAUCAUCUAGACUAAAUCACGAGUUGAUCUUUACAAGGGACGAGUUUACGAAAACAAGCAACGAGAGUUGCGAGAGGUCAACCUUUUGCAACUGGCAUGACCCGUCCAAGCCUCAGUAAUCAAAACUAUUCUUCUUGUAUGUCCUCAUGACAGACCACACUAUGAGUAAUUAUCAAAGACAACACAUUUUGUUUUAAAAAAAUUGAAUAACUUCUACACUCACUAACCCACAAGAAUUUUUUUUAUACGUCCAAGCUCACGUAAGCCAUUGCUCCGGAAAUUCGAAAAAAAUAACCACAGCUGGUCGCUUAAGAGAAUGACCGCAUGGUAACACAAUAGAGGGUGGUCGCUUAUGAGCUUCAGAGACUCAUUAAUAAUACCAGGAGCCGAUUACUUCGGCUCCUGAUAAUACAUAACAAAAAACAAAAGAAGUUUAUGUUUUAUGAGUGUCUUUAUAUCUGAUAUAUCAUGGCUAAACUUUACGUCCAAUUUGUUAGAUCAAAGUAGCCCCAAGUUCAUUAUCAACGAACAAUUAGCGCAGUGUGCAAUUUCACUGAUAAGUGUUGAUUUAAUAUAUAAUGAAUAAGACUCCGCGUGGUCGCUUACGAGAGCUUAACAACCAAGGAAACUUAGGUUAUCUCAAAAGUGGUCGCGGUCGCUUACGGGAGCGGUGGCUCACGAGAGCUUUCCAUUACAAACUUUAAGUCACAUUUCAAACGGGGUUUUACAAAGGUGGUCGUAACGUGGUCGUAAGGAGAGCUUCGACUGUAUAUGAAAUUCAUAUAUUCAUCGUUUCAAGGCCUUUUUUUUAUUACCGUACUGUUUUCUAUACAUUUUUCCAGUACGCGCUUCCUCACCGUUUUUACCCUCAAAACUGAACUGAACUCUCUGUCGUCUUAUAGUCGAAUGAUACUUAAUAUGCGAAAUUUUCUUCCCUCAAGACGUUGAGAUGUAGCAAAGAAUUACAUAUUUACACCACAAGUUUCUCUAACUACAUCGUUUUCGUUAAAAAAUCACAAUCGAAUAAACAAAAACAAAAAACUCGGUUAAAGAAAAUAACAAGAAAAAAGAAGCUAAAAGUCACUUGUUCUAAUUACACUAAUCUCUACACUGAUCGCUCGGCAAAAAGACUGCCGCUACUAUAGUCGACACCUCUGUUGUAGUAAUGGUGGAUGUGACUGAUUUCAACUGUCAUUGCAUUCUGAAAGAAAAUUCACACAUACAUAUGCUUUAGCUCUCAUUCAAGUGAUGUGAUAUUAAUACUGUUGAUGGUGGUGAUGAUGAUGAUAGUAAUGAUGAUGAUGAUGAUGAUGAUAGUCAUUGGUCAAAAAUAGUUUAGUCACCGAUCCAGAUUGCACAAAUACAGCCGAAAGUCGAAAGCCGUUACUUGCUUCAUAACAUGUAUGAAACAGGUCUUAACUAGUAGUGGUGCUAAGUAAACAUAAGGCUGAUUCAUUUAGCUAGAAUAUUCGAAAUUUUGGCUGACUAAUCUUUAUUUUCUUACCUUUUCACCACAAAGUAAACAACUAUCAGCAAAACAACAAUUGCAAGGCACAUCAGAGCAAUAGCUAUCGUCAAAAGGGACAUCAUUGUGUCUCUGUCCUUUUCUAAAAUUCGAAAUAGAAAAUAGAAAAGUCACUCCAUGUAGCUUAGGUUGUUAUCAAUCCCACCAGGCCCUAUUAAAAGACUAAAGAACCCUCUACGCCAAUCUCUCAUCUCAGUUUUACAGAUGUUCUUGUCUUGACUCCAGCCAUACGAUCCCCCUGUUGCAAUGAAAAGGCCUCGAUAUGUCAAAAUCAUUAUAAACAAAGAUCAAACACUAACAGUAUCAUCCGUAGUAGCAAGAUCAUUUUGGGGUUUGCAUAGCGAAUGUGCGUACAAAGCGUCUGUGAAGGACACAAAUAACAAACCACCUACCCGAAUUAUCAUCACUCGUUUGCCCACCAGCAACAGUCGCAUCGCCUGGGCCUACUGAAGAUGACACAGCUGAUGUAGAAGAAAAAGUCGACGCUAGAUAGGACGCUGAAACCGAUGCUGAGACUGACGUAGAUGGCGACAUUGACUGCGACAUUGAUGUUGAAAUGAAAUGUGACAUUGCUGUUGAGGCAGACACUGAUAUAAACGCCGAGGCUGACGUAGAUUGUGACAAUGACAUUGAAGCAGACGCUGAAUUAGAAAUCGAAGUUGACACCGACGAGAAAGCUGAAGCAACUCAACAGACAGAGUUAACUAUGAGGAUUUUAGAAAGCUUUACACCUACAAGGUAUAUCUUUACAUUUGUUUCCAGUUAAGUACUCAAUUUCUUAAAACCUCCUAUGUUACGAAGGAGUCAUUACAAAUGAUGUCGAAGUGCACAAUCUGACAUCUCAAGUCCUAAUGUCAAUUAAUUUUAAAUACCCCUACCAAUUCUAAACUGCUGAGCAAGAAGGAUUAUAUCUAGAAAAAAAUUCAUAAUGGUAAUUGAACUGAGUGGAGUGCAAUUUGGUCUGAAAUCAUACGUGUGAUUUCAAAAUCGAACGAGCGCGCAGCGCGAGUUCGAUUUGAAAUCACAAGUAUGAUUUCAUACCAAAAUUGCACGACACGAAGUUCAAUUACCACUUUAUUACAUCCAUUUUGAAAUCGCAGAAUUUAGUCAGUACUAAUAUUUUAUUGAUCGAGUAGCCGGUUUUUAAAAAGCCGAAACAAAAAGGCUUUUACAUCUCAUUUUGUAUUCGCAACAGAAAUGAUGCGAUAUCGAACAAAAAUGGUGCGAUUUAAAACAGAAAUGAUGCGAUUUAGAACAUGAAUGACGCGAUUUGGAAAAGAUGCGAUUUAGAGCAAAAAAUGGUGCGAUUUAGGAAUAAAUCACACUGCUGAGAGCCAAUCAGAUUGCACGGAUAGCCAGUGAUUUCAAAGUGGAUGUAAUAAAUCCGCAAAACAGACAGCAAGUAAAUAAAUUCCAGUCAAUUUCACAUUCGUAUGAGCCUUUCAAAAUUAGACUCUGUUGUAAAGAACAUUGACGUUAAAUUUGGUGUUGAAAGUGUUGCCCUGCUGACAUCACAAAGAAAAAGGGAAGCUUAAAAUACUUAUUCUCACAUUAUUCUGCGGAGAAAUAAUACCACCACCAUCACUACUACUACUACUACUACUCUAAUUGUUAUUAGUAUCAUUAUGAUUAUGAUUAUCAUCAUUAUUAUUUUUAUGGUUAUUAUUAAUAUUAUUUUCCUUUAAAGUAGAUGGGCCUAUAACUGAAGGGGCUUAUGAGAGACACUUUGCGGUAUAUUUCUUUCGCUGAAGGUACUAACCAGGUGAAGCUGCAUCCGAGGGGGCUUAUAAUAAUUAUUAUUAUUAUUGUAAUUGUGAUUAUCACUAUUAUUAUUAUUAUUGUAGUAGUAGUAGUAGUAGUAGUAGUAGUAGUAGUAGUAGUAGUAGUAGUAGUAGUAGUAGUAGUAGUAGUAGUAGUAGUAGUAGUAGUAGUAGUAGUAGUAGUAGUAGUAGUAGUAGUAGUAGUAGUAGUAGUAGUAGUAGUAGUAGUAGUAGUAGUAGUAGUAGUAGUAGUAGUAGUAGUAGUAGUAGUAGUAGUAGUAGUAGUAGUAGUAGCACUAUUAUUACCAACACCCCUCGUUCAACAAAUCGUAUCUCAGUCACAUCCAGCCAGUGAUUUCGGGGAAACGGUUAAGUAGCUUAGAGGGUCUAACGAAGUACAAGAUGCGACAUUUAGUUUCUUGGACCACUCCCCUAAAACGUCCAUGAUGACGUUCAGCUGUACGAUAUUAUAGUCUGGGUACAGUUUGGUAAGCUCCCACCGCAGUGGUUGGUACUUCUCUAGCUGUCUUUGCAGAAUAUUUCUUCACGCAAUUGCCCACCCACAGACAGCUCAGCCAACACCCUCAUCGACUUCUGGUCUCCAAAUCACGUGUACACCCUGUUGGUUGGAACGAAAGUGUGCUCUGCGUAAACUGGAACAUCCCAGUAUGCUUGAGCGUCUUUUGACUCGUACAACGCUGGGCUCCACCCGUGAGCACCAUGGAGGAACAAGCAAGCUUGAGGUCCCUCAGCAUUGCAAAGAACAGCACCUUUAGUGCAGCAUUAUGCCUUUCCAUGUACUUAGUCUGCGUCAGCGAUGAACAUCUCGCCAAAACGUUAGCAAGGCUUUCUGGUACCUUACCGCACAUUCUACACAUGGUGCUAAUUUGGUCUGAAGUAUACCGGUCUUAUAAGCCGUGUAAACUUGGGUUGAUAAGAGCUGCUCAUAAAGUUCCAUAACCCGUGCGAUAGUAUGAGUAGGCGUGACCGCCCCCUCACUCAACCAGGCGAAACUGCUGUGUUCGCUCAGCUAGUAGUCUUCCCUGCUGGUCCACAGCAGACGUCCUUGCCAUCUCUGGUCUUCCAGCUUCUCCUCAAGCUUCUCUUCUACAGCUUUCUUAAAAUGUUGUCUCACCUGAUGUCUACUGAUCCUCUCCUUGGGGCUUGCUGCAAGCUACAUAAUGGAUCGGGAGUAGCCAAAUUGAGACUAGUUUCCAGUUCCUCCGCAAACUUGUGUACGUCUUUCACAAGUGAGCAGAAUCCCUCCUCGCCUGCUUUCUGAUCUCUUCAGAUAUCAACACACUUCUCAUCAUUGGGUCAGGAUUCUCAUACAGCUUCAUAGCCGCCUCGAUCUUCCUGAAAUUUGUACUCUUGUUCUACAGACCUUUGUCCACGACCCCCUUUAUCUCUUGGAAGAAAUAGCACUACAAGGAGCGAAGAGGGUUCCCAUCAUUCUCACUGGUCAAUUUCCUUGUCUCUCUAUCAAUGCUUUGUGGUUCUCCCAAUGGCCAGUGUUGGGUCCACAUGGGGUACGUCAAGACAGGCAAGGCGAACUGGUUUGUUGCCUUGAAGCGGUUGACAUCGGACAUAAGGCUUGUCCAGAUUAUUGAGAGUCUUUGCAAGUACGUCUUUGCUGCAACUGUAAGUGCUAGCUUUUUGUCUUGCAUCACGGACUCUCUCACACCCAGGAAAAUUAUUUUUAUUAUUUUUAUAAUUAUUUUGUUUACAGGUAGAUGGACCUAUAACUGAAGGAGCUUAUGAAAGACACGGUAUAUUUUUUUCGCUGGGGUACUUACCAGGUGCAGGUGCAUCAUUAUCCGUAAUCGUUAUUUGCAUAACUGAUGGUCGUCCGAUGGUCAAACCAGGGCUGGGUACACCGAUGGAUAAAGUGAUAUUAAAUUGCUCAGCUCCUUCGAUCAAAUUAUCGUCGGUUAUGUUGAUAGUUAAACCUUUUACUGUUUCACCGGGUUGAAAAUUCAAAAUCUCGCCUGACACCGGUACAUAGUCUUCCAAGACAUCGGCUGACCCAUCCAACAAAUCUAUCCUGGAAUAAAAAAAAAUCCUUGUUUGUAAAAUAUGAAUACGAAAUCAGGAUCUAAUUCUCACAUUUUUGCCACCAACCACACACACACACGCCCAUUCAAACCUUUCAGCUUCAAAGUUCAUAUGCCCGGAAACGAUAACGGAAACAUUUGGUGCUUACCAUUUGACAGAAAAAUCCGGUUGGGUUGUCGAAAGCAUAAUGGUAAGCGAUUUACCAGUGUACGGCAGAAUUGCCACAUUCGUUACGGUUUGAAUCCAAAGAACGGGAGAAUUUGUGUAGCGCGAGUCUAGAACCGAGAAGGAAUCGAGAAAUGGUAAAUAGUAAGUGACAUUCCAUUUGGUUUGUACCAACCGGAAUGAAAGGACUACCUCAAAACGUACUCCUCAAUUUUUGGUUGGAAUUUCCGAAAGGUGACCUUACCAUUUACUUUCCAUCCGGAAUUCCCGACAUUUUCUGUCAAAUGGUAAGCACCCAUGGUAAUUAUUUUUCCCUUCGAUUCCUGGAAACCAAAAAUCCUUCUAAUUUGUCGGAUUAUCCGUCUAGAUGGGUAUUGGUAUAAAUCUGAGCAAUGGUGAACAAUUGUGCAUUUUGUGCAAUUAAAAGAUCGCUCCAACCUUCGUAACCUGUCUUCGUAUUCCAAAUUAAAAGCUAUAUUUCAACCACUAGGUUAAACAUUAGUCCUGUGUUAUGUAGGUGGAAUUUUUUUCCCAACAGCGCGCGCUCUCAUUGGUUACUUUGAGGUCCAUGACAUCUAAAAAUGAAACUGUUUCCCGCCAAAAUCGCUGAGCGGGUAACAGUGCAAAAUUUAUGACGUCAGAGGGUUACAGUGCACUUUUACCCGCGAAUGUUGACCAACGACCGCCUCUCAGCGAGGUUCAAUGAAUUUCCAGCUUCAAAAGUUUCAGCUAUAUAACAAACCACAAUGUUUCGACACAUUGAGAUUCUCGGGAAACAAAGUCAACUGUUUCCCUCGGGACCAGUCAUAGUAUUAAUUAUGUGUCUUACGAUAGUGAUGGCAAUAAAUUUGAUAAGAAUAAUUCCAGGAGCCCAUGACUAGUUCUUAAGACGGAAUCCAUUAGGACAUUGAGUAAUUUCAAUUUUCAGUGGACAAAAACCUUGUACCAGAAUAAUUUAAACAAUAUCGCAUUCCCUUUUUACAUUUUUUAAGAGCUAAAAAAAAUUUUUUCUUGAGAGCCAGAGAAAAUAAAUGUGAAGUCUUACAAAACUACAUAUUACACACGAAAUUUUCAGAAAUUAACUUGUCUUUUCACAAUUCUUGAAUUGAAUUCUUAAAUUAUUCUGGUACAAGGUCUUUGUCCACUGAAAAUAAAAAUUACUCAAUUUCCUGAUGGAUUGCGUCUUAAUAUUUUCAAAGCUUGGCGACUAGAUUAUUGCUUGACGUUUCUGAUAACGGCGGUUAUUUCAUGCUGAAAAAGGUAAUAGUACUGAAGGCGAUGCCGAUAAUGGUGGUGGGAAUGUUGAUGCAGCCGAUGAUGAAAUUGACGAUUUCAUUGAUAAUGCUGUUGCUAUUUUUGUGUUGUUGUUGAUUUCGAGAAUGAAAGUGAUUGGUUAAUUUGGUAUGAUGACGAUAGUGAUGAUGAUGACAUUGUUGUUGUUAUGGUUAUUGAUGAUUGUAGAGUCGUAUCAUGCGUUAUGGCAAUUGACUAUACGCUGCGAAAUAGUAUUUAAGGAGCUGAAGUUGUUGUUAGUUGUGUGCUUAUAACCGGUGUACUGAGUACUGAGGGACUGACGAUGAUGAUGAUGAUGGUGAUGAUGAUGAUGAUAUACGAUGA